AUGGAGUAUAAUAAGCCAGAUGCGUUGGUUUUGACGGGUAAUUUGGCAGAAAAUUGGCGCGUUUUUCGUGAAGCGUUCGAGAUUUACAUUGAGGCGGCUGGUCUAACGUCAGCGUCUAAUAAACGUCAGGUGGCCAUUUUUCUUAACCUUGUUGGCAAAGAGGGCCUAGAGAGGUAUAACACCCUCAAAUUUGAAAACGCCGAAGACAAUAAGAAAAUUGAGCAAGUGCUUAACGCGUUUCAAGAUUAUUGCAAACCAAAAAAAAAUAUUUUACACUCCAGGUAUAUAUUUUAUAAACGGUCUCAAAAAGAAAAUGAAUCGAUUGAGGAGUUUCUGUCAGCGUGUCGUGGUUUGAUCAAAGAUUGUGAAUUUAAAUCUCAUGAAGAAAUUUUACGUGACAAAAUUGUUCUUGACACGAGAGAUGGUGAAACUCGCGACAAGUUAAUUAAACAAGCUGAUGUUACUCUUGAAACUGCAAUAGAUACCCUUCGUAUUGCUGAAAUCCAACGAAGAGAACUCAAUCAAAUGAAGGAGAUUGGUGAAAAACAGAAUGAAGUAAAUGCAGUUCAUUCAAAAGUACGUGGUGGUAAGCGAACAAAUCAAGCUCAACAUCACUACACUCAGAACAACGGUAACAAUGGACACCGUGGUCAAUGUCAAACAAAUCAACGACAGGCAAAAGGAUAUAACCAACAGGAGGAGUCACAACAGGUUGUCAAAAAUAAAGGUAACUUUUCUGUAAAUAAUAAAAAAACGAAUAAUAAUUGUAAUCGGUCUGAUAAAUUAUGCAAAUAUUGUAAUUUUAUGCACGGUAAAGGCAAAUGCCCUGCGUAUGGUAAAAAAUGUUUAAAAUGUAACAAAUUUAAUCAUUUUCAAAAUGUUUGUAAAUCUGAGAUUGCAUUUGUUGAAAACGUUGAUGGGCUGAGUAUUGAUAAUUAUUUUUGUUCUACGGUAUAUACAAUGAAUACUUUUGCUGUUUCCUGGUCUGAGACUAUUCUCGUUGAAAAUAAAAGUAUUAAUUUUAAGCUAGAUACUGGCUCUGAUGUUAAUCUACUGACUUUAAAUGAUUUUAACUUAAUUAAAAAUAAUUGUUCUUUUAAAAAUUUAGUAGUUAACAGACGACCGAUAAAUUUACAGGCAUAUGGCGGUAGUAAUAUUAAUACAUACUUUACAGUUGAUUUAAAAGUAAAAUUAAGAGAAAAAGAAUAUAUUUUAAAUUUUGUAAUUGUUGAAAAUCAUUGCAAGCCGAUUUUAGGUCUACAUAGCUGUAUACAGUUAGGGCUAAUAAAUAAAGUAGAAAAUGUUGAUAAGAUAUUAAGUCUUAAUGAUGUACUUCAGAACUAUUGCACGGUUUUUACAGGUCUUGGUAACUUUCCUGACGAAUAUAGCAUACAAUUAAAGCCCAAUGCAAUACCUGUUACAAAUGUCCCACAUAGAGUUCCUAUUAAUAUCCAAGAUAAGCUGAAAUGUGAACUAGAUCGAUUAGUCUCAGAAAAAAUAAUUAGAGAAAUAAAUGAGCCGACCGAGUGGGUAAACAGAUUAGUGAUUGUUGAAAAGAAAAAUGGAAGUAUGAGAUUAUGUCUAGAUCCACGCGAUCUAAAUGAAAAUAUAAUUCGUGAAUAUUGUGUAAUACCUACGUUAUCAGAUUUAUCGUCAAAACUGAAAAAUGCAAGGGUUUUUUCUGUUUUUGAUUUGAAAGAUGGUUUUUGGCAAAUAAAAUUAGAUUUAGAAAGUUCUAAAUUAUGCACGUUUGGUACUAUGUUUGGUACUUUUUGUUUCAAUAGACUUCCCUUUGGAAUAAAUAAUGCAGCUGAAAUAUGUCAAAAAUGGAAUAUGAAAGUGUUCGGAGGUAUUGAAAAUGUGUUCAUAUAUCUUGAUGAUAUUUUAGUUUUUGGUGACACUGAGGCUCAACAUGAUUGUGCAUUAAAACAGGUUUUAGAUUUGGCUAUGAAAAAUAAUAUUAAAUUUAAUAAAAACAAAAUUCAAUAUAAGGUAGAUAAAGUUAAUUACCUUGGCCAUACAUUUUCAUAUGAAGGCAUGAAACCAGAUAGUGAUCGUAUUAAAUCUAUUUUCGAGUACGAAGUACCAAAAACUAUAAAAGAUUUGCAAAGGUUUUUAGGUAUGGUUAAUUAUGUCGGAAAUUUUAUUCCUAACCUGGCAAUGUUGACUAAGCCACUAAGAGAUCUUCUUAAAAAAAAUAAUGAGUUUGUAUGGACAUCAAUACAUAAUGAGUCUGUAAAUAAACUUAAAACAUUAAUUGCUAGUCCCUCCGUACUUAGAAACUAUGAUAACACAAAAGACGUGAUCAUACAGACUGAUAGUAGUAAGUUUGCCAUUGGAUGUGUUUUGUUACAAGAAGGCAGACCAGUUUGUUUUAAAUCGAAAAGCUUAUCUGAAACCGAAAUUAACUACGGACAGGUUGAUAAGGAAUUUCUGUCAGUCUUAUUUGCCUGUAAGGUAUUUCAUCAUUAUAUUUAUGGUAGGCACGUGACAGUUCAAACCGAUCACCUUCCUUUAAUUUCGCUAAUGAAAAAGAACAUAAAUGACAUUCCGUCUAAAAGGCUUCAAUGCAUUAAGGUCAAAUUAUCACGAUAUGAUAUUAAUCUUAUACAUGUACCGGGAAAAAAAAUGUUUAUCGCAGAUGCAUUAAGUCGUGCGUGUAUAUCGUCUCGAGAUAACGACGACGUUGAUAUCGAUGUUUCCGAUGUAGUUCAUUCAAUUAAUAUGUCUACAAAUAUUCGAAAUGAGUUUGUACAAGAAACAAUUAAAGAUGAUUUAUUAAAACAAUUAGUAUAUGUGUGCAAGAAUGGCUGGCCUAAGCAUAACAAUAAAGUCUCACGUGAGCUUAAACCAUACUUUAAUAUGCGUUACCAAAUAUCAUUUGAAGACGAUUUACUUUUUCUUAAUAAUCGUGUGUUUGUCCCUAUGAAGUUACAGAAUAAAAUUGUAUUUAAACUACACGAAACUCAUCUUGGAAUUUGUAAGACUAAAACGAGAGCACGUUCCUUAUUUUAUUGGAAAGGUUUAGAUAAAGAUAUCGAGGAAUAUAUUGGUAAUUGUGCAGUAUGUAAUAAGUUUAGGAGUGAGAAUAUUAAAGACCCUAUGAUUUGUCAAGAAGUUCCUAAUCUACCUUUUGAGAAAGUUGCGUGUGAUAUUUUGGAUUAUGGGAAAGAUACUUACCUAGUAUUAGUUGAUUACUAUUCUGGUUGGCUUGAGUUAAAUUAUUUAUCUUCUAAAACUUCAAGUCAUAUAAUUAAAAUACUAAAAGUUAUUUUUUCGAUACAUGGGAUUCCAAAGCAACUCGUGGCAGAUAAUAUGCCAUUUAAUUCUAAUGAAUUUCAGAAUUUUGCGACUGAUUGGGAAUUUGUUAUAACUACGGCAAGCCCUAGAUACCCAAAAUCUAACGGACUUGCGGAGAAAGGUGUAAGUAUUGCGAAAUCAAUACUUAAAAGAUCGGAUGAAGGUAAAGUUGAUAAACAAUUAAUGUUGUUAGAAUAUCGAAACAGUGCUAUCAUUGGCUCUAAGUUUUCCCCAGCACAACUUUUAAUGAGUCGCACUUUAAGAUCGAAAAUUCCAAUCUUAAACAAUGCUCUACAGCCUACAGAUUUAUUAACUAAAACUUGGAAGCCAGGUAAAAUCAUCAAUAAAUACAAUACGCCCAGAUCAUAUGUUUUUAGUGAUGACACAGGUAAUAAUAAACGAAGAAAUAUUGUACAUUUAAGGCCUGCCGGUAAACAGCUCAGGUAUAAUUUGUACAAAGAUAAUAAUAUUGUUUCGAAGCCUAGUUGGAUACGUAAGCGACGUGUUGUACCUCCAACUAAGCUUAAUUUAUAA